UCGUUGCACGCAGUGACACUUCACUGACACACUGUCUAUCAUUUAAAUAUCAACAAUAAAAAAUAAACAAUAUUUUAUACUGUAAUAAUUAAUAAUUGUUUUUAAACAAAAAAUAUGACAUCAGAAAAAGUUAAUUGGGCUGCUCUUGCUGAUGAGCACGAAAAAUUAUCAAGCAAUGUAGAAGGAUUAUCAAUUGACCAAAAUGCAUCUUCCAAGAUUGACAAUUCAUCAACAGAUGAAGAUCAAGCACCAUCUGCUGCUGAACAAUCAUUGUUACAAAAAAUUUUACGUAAAGGUCUUAUUGAGAGUACAAAAGAUUUAAAAAUUCAACGUAAAGAUCCAAAUUCACCAUUAUACAGUGUCAAAACAUUUGAAGCAUUAAAUUUGAAGCCUGAUUUGUUAAAAGGUGUUUAUAAAAUGGGUUUCAGUGCUCCAUCAAAAAUCCAAGAAACAGCUUUACCAACUUUACUAGCUGAUCCACCACAAAAUUUAAUUGCACAAUCUCAAUCUGGUACUGGUAAAACAGCAGCAUUUGUAUUGGCAAUGUUGAGUCGUGUUGAUACAACAAAACCAUAUCCACAAGUUGUAUGUUUAUCGCCAACAUAUGAAUUGGCAAUUCAAACUGGUGAAGUUGCUGCACAAAUGGCACGUUAUUGUCCAGAUAUUAAAAUGAAAUAUGCUGUUAGAGGUGAAGAUUUACCAAGAGGAACAAAAUUAGAUGAUCAUAUUAUAAUUGGUACACCAGGAAAAACAUUAGAUUGGUCAUUGAAAUAUAGAUUUUUUGAUUUAUCUAAAAUAACAGUAUUUGUACUUGAUGAAGCUGAUGUUAUGAUUGACACACAAGGACAUCAAGAUCAAUGUAUAAGAAUUCAUAAAAUGCUAUCAUCAAAAUGUCAAAUGAUGUUCUUUUCAGCAACAUAUGAUGAAAAAGUUAUGGAAUUUGCUGAAAUGAUUGUGACAAAUCCAUUGAUCAUGAGAUUAAUGAGAGAAGAAGAAUGUCUUGAUAAUAUUAAACAGUACUAUGUCAAAUGUAAUUCUGAAGAAGAAAAAUAUGCUGCAAUUAGGACUAUUUAUAGUCUUAUUACUGUUGGUCAAGCAAUUAUUUUUUGUCGAACAAAAAAAACAGCAUCUUGGCUGUCUGGCAAAAUGAAACAAGAUGGACAUGGUGUUGCUAUGAUUUCUGGUGAAUUAAAUGUUGAUGAAAGAAUCAAAGUACUUGAUCGUUUUAGAAUAGGUGAUGAGAGAGUUUUAAUUACGACAAAUGUCUUGGCAAGAGGAAUUGACGUAUCAGCAGUAACAAUGGUAGUUAAUUUUGAUUUACCAACUGACAUGAAUAGAAAAGCUGACUAUGAAACAUAUCUUCAUAGAAUUGGAAGAACUGGAAGAUUUGGCAUGGCUGGCAUUGCUAUUAAUUUAAUUGACUCUGAUGAAAUGAUGACUGUAUGCCAAGAUAUUGAAAAACAUUUUGGUAAAAAAAUUAUUUUACUUGAUACUGAAAAUGAAGAAGAAGUUGAAAAAAUUGGUGACUCAUAAAUGUUAGCUUUAAAUUAAUUAAACUAUUAUUGUUUUUUUUUUUUUUUUUUAUUUUACACAAAAACCUGAUUCAUUUGUAAUUUAAUUAUAAAAAAAAAAAAAUAAACGUGAAAAGAAAAAGCCU